CACUAGUUUCCACCGAAACUUCAACCAAAUCGGUUCCAAUCUUGUUCUUGUUGCCUGCUCAUUUCUUCCCUUCCUUUCUCUCGCUCUCUUUCGUGCGGAGAAAGUACGCUCUGCUCCAGUCUCAAUUCGCACCUAGAAAUUGCAAAAACCUUACUCAUUUCUGAGCGUUAUUUUUUGCAUCUGCAAACCAUGGAAAGCUUGGUCUCGUCAAUAACAAUAAUAGAAUCGGAGGGUGACGAAACAGACAAUCGGAAUAUCGGAAGUGGAGUGAAAGUGAAAGUAGUUCAGAAAAAGAAGAUUUAAAAACAGAACGAGAAAAACAAUGUUUCCAGUCCCAUAGAAGGAUUUGAGUCCUCAAAUUGCAUUUUUGGUGGGGCAAGACAUAACCCUAAAUCUCCCAAUAUUCAGAAUUUGUCCGGAGGUAUUUGUUCAGUUGGUGGUAAUUACCACAUCCAGUUUACACACCAGCCGAAGAAAAGCAACAACCUUGCCAUUAUAUGGCACGACGACUAGUGUGGAAUUUGUACUCUGGGGUUUUCUCAUCUGCACCCUUUGCUUUCACAUUCCCAAGCAGCCCGCAGAUUUCUCUUACAGUUUGGCCUGCAUAAUAUACGGCCAACUCGAAGCAUGGAAUUAUACGCCCAACAAUUAUUUCCGUUACACUGCUAAAAGGGAGGGCAACAACUGUUUCCACUAUUAUUUCGUGGUUGACUACACCAAUUGGACUUUUCAUUCUCGCACGGCCAUUACAACAUCAACAUCAAUCACUCGCAGUGUCAUAUUCUACUGGUGCCCCAUCAUCUAUGUACUAGGGCACAAGUACCACUUUCUUCUGGGGAGAGCAAGUCCAGCCCCAAAGUUUCAACAGAACAAUAACACCAAAAAUAGAAAGGGUGCGAAGAGGCUGCAGUUUUAUUGCGUUUUUUACAUUUGUUUUCCUACAGACUUGCUUUUUCUUCUAUUCUGGGAGGGAAACUUGUGAGUAGGAAUCAAUUGAAUAGAUAAUAAAGGAAAGAAGUUGAGGUGGAGGGAUGGGUGGAGGUCAGAGUCAUAACCAACAGGGGCCACAGGGGCCAAGUUCCAGCCAUGGUCCAAACAACGGAAGCGUCCUCGCCACCAAAAAGCAGCAGCAUGAAAAUGCCAACAAGUGCAGCCCGGCCAAGGUGAAGAGUUGCCUACGAACCUUUUUCGCCCAUUUGUUCUCCCACAUCGGACUUUGCAUCCUCAUCGUGGGCUACACUAUAGCUGGUGCACUCAUGUUUGAAAAACUAGAAAAAACCUAUGAAAUGAAACUUAUUGGGAAUAGGACUGCAAACUUUAAAAAACUGAGACUUCACUAUGUGAGCGAGCUGUGGAACAUUACUGAACAGUUCAACGUGCUUUACGAAAUGAACUGGACAUCCGCGGUGGAGAAGGAGUUGCGAGAGUUUGAGUCGCGAGUCGUCGCCACGGCGAACACGGCAGGAUAUAGCGACGUCAAAGAUGACCUACACUGGACCUUCAGUGGCGCCUUAUUGUAUUCCGUUAGUAUCAUCACGACAAUUGGGUACGGGAACACCGCUCCGCGAACGGCAUGGGGAAAAAUUCUGACCAUGUUUUACGCCGUGAUUGGAGUGCCCUUGAUGCUUCUCUGGCUCUCAAAUAUUGGCACCUUGAUGGCAAACACGUUUAAAUUCGCUUACUCUCACGCUUGUUGUAUCUCUUCAAACCCCUCCAGCAGCUCCAGGUCCGUCCAGACUAAACGCACGCCUUCGUCCAAAACAGAGCCCUCGUCCAUUCAAGUCAAGUACUCAGUUUCCGCCAUGACCUGUGAAACCCAGGUUGUUCAAGCCCAGCAGAACAUGCACCAAAGAGCGUUGAAUAGGCGCGAGCAACGUGCUAAACUUAGAAGUCUAGACCCUUCUGCAAAGCAGGUUUUGAUGGAAUGUGCCGAAUAUAACGUGAACAUGGACCAGGAUGAGCGCAGUCGUAGGAUCCUGCACCAACUUCACAGCGACAGCGGCGGCAAUGGGGGCGAGAUGCUGAACAUUAGUGGGAUGGAUGAGGAGUCAAGUGACGAAGUUGAGAGUGUGAUUGAUAUGCGAGGUGUGACUCGUGGAGGCGACCAGAGUGACCUGAGGGGGCUGAAUGGCGGACGGGGGGGAAGCGUGAUGGAGAUAAGUGUCAACUCCAAUGGGAUGGAAGGGACACCGUCAAGAAUUCCGCUCCUCCAUCACAAAGGCGGUGGGGUUGGGGGCAUCGAGAGCGGGCCGGACCUCGUGGAGGUGGACGAGUACCAUUGCGGUGGUGGUGGAAGUGGGAGUGACGGGUCAGCGAGUCCCUCACUGAACAAGUACCACCUACCUCGGACUGAGCAAAGGGUCCCCGUCUCCCUCGUCCUCACCUUCGUCGUUCUCUACAUAAUGGGAGGUGCGGCUGUCUUCAGCGUGUGGGAGAAAUGGGGGUUCCUGGACAGCGCUUACUUUUGUUUCAUUACGCUCUCAACCAUCGGACUUGGUGACUAUGUUCCGGGCGUUUCUUUCGGCUCUGCGGGAACCAAGGAAGGGCAGGCUCAGCUAAUUGUUUGCUGCUUGUACUUGGUCCUUGGUUUAGCCAUCAUCGCCAUGAGCUUCAAUCUGGUCCAAGAGGAGGUUGCAGCCAAGGUGAAAGACAUCGCGAGGCACAUCGGGAUAAUUAAAGACAAUCCAGAACACUGACGCUACCAAGAACCACAACGUCAGGUCGGCAUUUCCAUACGCCAAGAACAAGAAGAAGGCAAAGGAAUUGUUGUGGUGGGAUCCGGUCAUCCAACCCUCGUCUCCAUCGUCAAUCCAUCCGAUUAUGCCAACAUGACGAUGAUUUCGCUCAAGAGCCCAAAGAGCAAAGCAAUUUCCCUUGUCGGUUAUACUCUCAAUUAAUAAAUGCUCCUUCUUUAUUCAAUUUUAAAAGCACUUUUAAACUAUAAUCAUCUCGAAACUCCUCUCUUUAAUCAUCAUCUCCGUGCUAUAAUAGGAUUAGAGCUACCUAUUUAUAGUGAAAUACAUACGCAUGCAGUACAUGUUUUCAUUAUAAAUAUGAAAUAGGCGGCUUUUGGAGUAGAGAUUUCGCCUAGAUAAUUGUUGCAUCAGAUUUUUGAAGUAAAUUACUGGUUAAUACUGUUCAUCGUGAAAAGCAAUUUCGUGAACCGUGGACAUAAGUAAGUAGCAAACCUCGUCAUUAGCAUUCUUGUGUUAAAGUCUCCUGAGAUCUGAUUUGAUGGUGGGUCUAGAUCUUGACGUCGUGUAGAAGGAGUGAACUGCUGUGCAACUGCGAUAUUAUUGUUUAACAUUUCAAUCCCGAUCGUUUCCUGGUCUUGUGGCACUUUCUGCUUUCUCCAAAAGUUUGUUUUGACUUUGCUUCUCCGAGACGCAACUACACUCCGUAUUUUAUUGAGGGCAAUUACAUUUAGUAAUUUGCAAAUCGCAAAUACACGUUCAUAUAUAAUUCUUCUGCGGUCACUUUGUAUAAUCUUAAUGUAUUCAUUGUGCAUGCUGGAGGAAAAGCCGCAAUUACGCCGUGAUCUGGUCACGCAAAUACGGUGGUGACGCUAAGAGUAAGAUAAAAUCUAUACAAAUUGUGAGUUGUUUCCAAACUGAUAUUAAUCUCUGACAAAGUAUUUAUUCCCCAUUUAAUAUUUUCAGUAUUACGAACAUUCAGUGUUUGUCAUUGCCCAGCAAAAGUGUGGUGAAGCAGGAUGCACGUGUGUGCAUACAUAAGUGUAAAAUUCGAUAAUAAGUGGGAUACAUAUUCUUGACUCGGUACCCGUUCUAGUCUGUGUAUGUACAAUAAAACUCGCUGUUAUCAUUAUUCCGUAUUAUUCCGACUGAUUCAGAAUCGAAUUUCUUGCAACAUUCCAACCGACACACCCAAGUAUUCAGGAUACUCGUAGGUGCAUAAUAAUUCUGCAAUCUCCUCUAUUUACACAAGCUUCAUUUGUGGUGACGACGAGAGAAAUAAAACUUCUUAGCUAAUAAGAGGUACAUGACUUAAUUUGCUUUUAUUCGAAUAUGGGUAACUUAUUAGAAAGGCAAUACAAAUGUUCCAAAAAAUUUGCUUUUCUACGCAUUAUCAAUACGUCAAUGAAGUUAAUUAGACAAAGUACUAAUUUUGAUUCGUCAUAAUAACUCUAAUAAAAUAAGAAUUAGUUUUAUUGGAAGUUGGUAACGGUGCUUUGGAUAUUAAAAAAGCAAAUAAAGGUUGGAUUUGAGAUGGUAGAAAUUAGUUGAUAAGUUAAAUGCAUAACAUUACUAAUAAACUUUAAUUAUGCAAAUAUUUUGAUGUUAUAAAACGUUGCAAACUAAAUAUAACAAUAAGUAAUUACGGUACGAUACAUUGUGCGGUUAGACAAGUACAUGAAAUGAGUUACAACAUAACAAUAUACAUAAAUAUUCAAAUCAUAAAACAAUAAUAUAAUUUUGUAAUAAAUAAAUGAGAAAAUAAAUAUGCACAAUGAGACGA